AUGUCUUUGUCCUUAAAUGAGUACCUUCGCUAUGGGCGACAGCUCAUAGUGCCCGAGUUUGGUCUGCAGGGCCAGAUCUCGCUGAAGAAUUCUCGUGUACUGGUCGUUGGAGCCGGUGGUCUUGGGUGUCCAGCUUUGCAGUAUCUUGUUGGAGCUGGUUUUGGCACGGUAGGAAUCGUGGAUCACGAUACCGUCGAUAUCUCGAACCUUCAUAGACAAAUCUUGCACACAUCAGAAACAGUGGAGAUGUUGAAAUGCGAGUCUGCAAAGCUCCAGCUUGCCAAACUCAAUCCUUUAGUGCAAAUCAAUACUCAUCCGGUGGCUCUCAGUCCGGAUAACAGCUUUGGAAUUUUUGAACAGUAUGAUAUCAUUUUGGACUGCACGGACACUCCUGCCACCCGGUAUUUGAUCAAUGAUACUGCCGUGCUACUUGGUUUGACGGUUAUUUCCGGAUCUGGUCUCAAGACCGAGGGUCAGUUAUCCAUUCUCAAUUUCAACAACACCGGUCCCUGUUAUCGUUGUUUCUAUCCAACACCGCCACCUCCUAGCUCUGUGACUGCUUGCAGCGACGGAGGAGUUCUUGGCCCAGUUAUCGGGAUUAUGGGUGUGAUGAUGGCACUGGAAGCCAUUAAGGUGGUUAGUGGCUACUACUUGAGGGAGGAUGUGGAGUUUCAACCUUUUUUAUCUUUAUACAGCGGUUAUGGCCCGUUGCAAAGCUUACGGACGUUCAAAAUGCGCAGACGAUCGCCCAAGUGCCGAGUGUGCAAUGCCGGAACGCGAGAAAUAACAAGGCACGUGAUAGAAACAGAGCUCGACUAUGCUGUGUGGUGCGGUAAGAUGGACUAUAAUGUUCUUGAGAAGGAUGAAAGAGUAUCUGUGGAGCAGCUUUCUGCGCAGAGAGCGCCCUAUCUGGUCGAUGUGCGAGCCAAAGAACAGUAUUCCAUUGUCCAUCUGCCAAAUUCGAUUAAUAUACCACUCAACGCACUAAAACACAUGGACACUCUGGAUGUGCCAAAGGAAACUAUGAUAUACGUUAUUUGCCGAUUUGGAAAUGACUCGCAGCUUGCAGUGAAACAUUUGAAGAGCAUCGGAUAUGAGAACUGUGUGGAUGUCAUAGGCGGGCUAACGCAAUGGUCUCGGCAGAUAGACCCAAACUUCCCUAUUUACUAA